UACAAUGGACAAGGUUGAAGUUUCUUGAGUAGGAUAAUUUAGUUAAAAUAACCAGUGCCAUAGUGUGAAUAUCUGCAGGCAGAAAAAAUUCUCAUCGCAAAUACUGCCCUGAUCAUACAAUGGCUCUCUUUACUGGCACAUCAUGCUCAGUACCAGGCACUUUGCUUUUUAUACUCAGCAUUGCAACCGGUGGAUUGUGCAAGGAUUUGAAAAUUAACUACAGUGUGCCUUAUCGAGCUGUGAAGCAAGGAAGUCAAGUAACACUGAGCUGUCUCUUUGAAAACUUAGCUGCUGACCUACAGCCCUUUGUCCAGUGGUAUAAAUUUAAUAAAGAACCCAUUGAAGUAAGAAAGACAAACCACGGAAUAAUAACCAUGAAUAAGGGAACAUCUGCUUGGCUUUAUAUUGAAAAGGCAACAGAAGCUCAUUCUGGGAUUUACUACUGCAGCCUUUCUUCAAUGAAUGAAACAAAUCACCAGUGUGGAGCAGAAGUUAAUGUGAUAAUGCAACCCAUCAAUAGAAAAAAGCUAAGUCCCACAUACACAUUGAAGGACAUGUUGAUUUUAAUUCAGGCUAUUCUGCUGAUCCUGUGUCUCACUUUACCAGGAAUGUUGUUACUUAACAAAAACAAUCAGGCAAAGAGGAAUGAAGAAGCAGAGACGUACCAUAUGUAUGAGGGUUUGGAAGUUAUGCAGUCAGCAAUGUAUGAAGACAUCGGCAAUGUGAAAUCAUCAUCUGAUGCUAAAUGGACAAUUGGCGAGCAGCCUAAUGAGUAAAUUUCACAAUCACAUCAUUACUCACCUGCAUCAUGAACCCAUAAUGAUGUUCCCCUGAACAAUAUUAUAAUAGAAAUAACAACAUAUUGAAAAUGAUAUUAUUGGACAGGAAAAGAAACAUGUAGAAAAUGACCAAGGUGGAUUACAGAAGUGUUUGUGGUUCCCAACUGACCCUGAGUCAAGUGUAAAUGUAUGAUACAACAACAAAUUUGUUUACAAGCCCUAAGACAUUGGGAUUCUUUUGUAGGUCAUCCCUUGCCCAUCCAUGAAGCGUGCAUAAGUGAAUUGUUUUAUUUGCCUUUAUUCUGGUGCAAUGUGAGGCUUUUUGAGGCUUAGUUAGCUUGACAGGUAUGUGGACCAUAGUUUAAGGAGAAUAGAAAUGAAAUUUAGAGACAAAUUGCUGAUUUUAUAGGAAGAUUGUGUGUACAAUUUAAUGGAAGAAUUGAUAUAGUUUGUCAAUACAGAGCUGUUAAUUAAUUGUGUGUUAUAUAUAGCAUAAUGGAUAGCCAGGGAAAUUAUAGAUAUAUGCAGAGUGUGUUUGUAAUUGAUGCGUGGACAGUCCAAAAUAAUGAAGGGCAUAACACCAGCUGAAAAUUUAUCCUCCGGUUACUCUUAUUCUUUUGACUAAGCACACUGUCCUCCAUUACAUCAAGGUGAGUUAAUGUGCACAGCGAAGGAGACUAUUGGUAAGAAGGAGCAAUAGUCAUUUUAUUACAUAAAUCAUUAAUUUGGGGAAAAUUAAGUGCUGUCCUGAUAUGGUACAUACAAAAUCACACAUGGAUUGGGGUAUGUAAUAAGGAGGUCAAGGGUUGAGGUGACACCAUAAACUGUAGGUGACACUUGAGUGAUUGAAUUAUCAAGGUCAUCUCAACCCCAAGAUGAGAUGGCAUUGAAAAGCCACACUCCAAACACGCUGCGACCUGUCCUUUUCUAUACAGUAGACACAGGUGACAUUACAACCCGUAGAGAGCUGUUUCUCUUCUGGCAAUUGGUUGAACUUUUUAUUAUUUUUCCUUCAGUUGGUUUGAUGACACACAGAUGUCAGUUUUUACUAACAAAAUCAAAUGAUUUCACUAAAAAUGAUACUGUAUUUGCUGAUUUUAACCAGAAAUGAUAUUGAAAUUUAUUUCAAGGGAAUCUGACCAUGUAUAUAUUGUACAAAUAACUGAGUGAGAACAUUGCUGUUAUUACUAAUAAGGUGCUUAAUUACAAAUAUAAUAUUAACAGUUGAAGUAAAUUCCAUUUUUAGUCAUCUCCAUGCCAUAGAAUCCUUGGAAAAAGUGUAAAUUUAAGGAGUUUGUUGGAUUGUUCCAUAGAUGGUAUCCGUGAUAACUUAGCAGCUUUUGAGAUCUCUUCAUCAAAGGGCAUAUGUAGCCUAAUUAUAAAGGACUAAAGAUAA